UGAAUUGAAAUAAAGCUCUUUUAAGUCAUGCCCUCCAAAUCAGUUCUACCACGCACCAGACCGAAUUCCACACUCAAGAAUGGUAAACAAGUUCAAAGCAGACGAGCUUGGGACAGAGCUUUCCAGGCGCGGUCCAAGCGCCGCUGGAACCAACCCCAAAAAGGAAAGGUUGGAUUCAGCCCAUGGAAAGGAAAAACAUUCUGGUGUUUCUGCCGGCAAAAAGCGCCAAAGAAAAUUGAGAGUCGAUGAUUUGGAUGGAAUCAAGAAAAUCAAGGCCAUUGAGGAUCUUCAUGAACAAGAAAUCCUUAGAAGCAUUUCGUCAAGCGGGUCAAAGUCAGAACUAAUGGCCAGUCCCUGUGCUGUGGAGUCAAACGACCUUGCAGAUGCACAUGACGGUUUGUCCGUUAGAGAACAAAAUGAAGCAAAAGAAACAAGCAAAGAAGAAAAGCAACUUACCAAUAAGAAGAAGGGCAGUGCAGUGCUGGACCAGCAUCUGCCAGAUCAUAUAAAGACACAGUACCAUGUUUUGGAACAAGGGGAUAAUAUCUACGAUGCCACAUUGAACCAAACAAACGUUGGAGAUAAUAACAACAAGUUCUACGUGAUUCAAGCUCUUGUAACUGCAGAAUCCAAUGAUGGAGGUAAAUUCAUGGUAUACACUAGAUGGGGCAGGGUAGGAAUAAAAGGUCAAGACAAGUUGCAAGGCCCUUAUGCAUCAAGGGAAGGUGCAGUUCAGGAUUUUGAAGCAAAGUUCUUUUCAAAGACUAAGAAUCAUUGGUCCAACAGGAAAGAAUUCAUUUGCCAUUCGAAGUGCUACGUUUUACUGGAAAUGGACUGCGAGGCAGACCAAAAGUCAGAUGUACAGGAAAAGCCUGCUAUUGGAAGUCAUCUCCAGGCAUCAAAGCUUGAUCCUCAAAUUGCAAAUUUCAUCUCUCUUAUUUGCAACCCUGACAUGAUGAAGCAGCGAAUGCAACAAUUAGGGUACAAUCCUGAAAGGUUGCCACUUGGUAAGCUGAGCAGAUCAACAAUCUUAAAGGGCUAUGAUGUCCUGAGGAGGAUAUCCGACACUAUUGACAAAUCGGAUAGAGAAAAGCUUGAGGAAUUAAGUGGGGAAUUUUAUACGAUAAUACCCCAUGAUUUUGGUUUUAGAAAAAUGCGCGACUUUAUUAUUGACACCCAUUAUAAAUUGAAAUGCAAGCUGGAAAUGGUUGAAGCUCUGGGUGAAAUUGAAAUAGCUGCUUCAUUAUUCAAGGAUGACAUCUAUUCACAGGCAGACCCACUUUAUUCCCAUUAUCAGUGCCUCCGUUGUGAAUUAGUACCGCUUAAAGUUGGUUCUGCAGAAUUCUCAAUGAUUGACAAGUAUAUACAUAAUACUGGUGAUGAAACUCAUUAUAGAAUCGAUAUUGUUCACUUGUUUAAGGCUUCCAGGGAAGGUGAGGAUGAACGGUUCAAGAAGUUUUCUAAUGCCAAAAAUAGAAUGCUCUUAUGGCAUGGGUCUCAGCUGACAAACUGGACUGGCAUUUUAUCACAAGGUUUACGCAUUGCUCCUCCUGAAGCACCUUCAAGAGGUUACUCUUUUGGGAAGGGGAUAUAUUUUGCUGAUAUGUUUGCCAAAAGUGUUCGUUAUUGUGGUGCGGACUGGGUAAAUUCUGAUGCUGUGCUGAUUUUAUGUGAGGUUGCGUUGGGUGACAUAAACGAGAUUCAAACUUUUGAUCACAGUCCUCACCAGUUGCCAAAGGGAAAUCUAAGUGCAAAAGCAAUUGGCAGAACGGAACCAGACCCCUCAAAAGUCGAGAUUCUUGAAGACGGUAUAAUUGUUCCACAAGGGAAACCCAUAGACCAAACAAAGCCCAAGGCAGUAUGGGGUAUGAACGAGUAUAUAAUAUUCAACGUAGAUCAGAUUCGAAUACGUUAUGUCGUUCAUGUGAAGCUCUGCUACAAUGGGGUCAACUGAAAUAAUGAAUCCCUCAAGAUAUUAUCCUUGGCUGUUGGGACCAUUUUAUCCUCUAUACUCAAAAUAAUUAUGGAGAAAUAUAUAGAAAAGAAAAAGUUGCAAAUCGUUAUUGUAUACUAUAUAGUUUUUCUUAGAUCCUGCCAAUCGUUAUUGUAGAAUAUGGUUACUCACCAUAUUCAAGAUUCUUACAUGAGAUUUAAAAUGGAAAGAAAUAAUUUAGUUUCUCGUUA